AGGAUUCAGUUCAAGACGGUCAGUAGCGCCGACUGUUACACGCUCUGUGCUGUGCAGAAGCAACUGCAAAGAAGGUUCGUAGUCACGUGAUUGUAACAUAGUGUGCUGAAGACAUGGCGGACAAAGACGAGAAUGAGAAGACCAUUGCUGAAGACAUCGUUGUCACCAAGUAUAAAAUGGCCGGCGGGAUCGUGAAUCGAGUACUAAGGGAAGUUUUAGAUAAAUGUGUUGUUGGAGCAUCUGUGAGAGAGAUAUGCGAGUAUGGAGACAAAUUGUUACUAGAAGAAACUAGCAGGGUUUUUAAAAAGGAGAAAGAACUGAAGAAAGGAAUUGCUUUUCCUACGUGCAUAUCGGUUAAUAAUUGUAUUUGUCACUUCUCACCAAUUGCAAAUGAACCAGAUCUUAUUCUUAAAGAUGAGGACAUGGUAAAAGUAGAUCUUGGAGCACAUAUUGAUGGCUUCAUAGCAGUUGUUGCACAUACUAUUGUUAUAGGUUCAUCGUCAGAAAAAAAAGUUACUGGUAGAAGGGCAGAUGUAGUAUUAGCUGCACAUUAUGCGUCUCAAGCUGCAUUAAGGCUUUUGAAGCCAGGUACAGAGACUUAUACAAUAACAGGCACAGUAGAAAAAAUUUGCGAGGCAUACAAAUGUAAACCUAUAGAAGGGAUGUUGAGCCAUCAAUUGAAACAGUUCAAAAUUGAUGGUGAGAAAACUAUUAUUCAAAAUCCCAAUGAUGCACAGAAGAAGGAACACGAGAAAUAUACCCUUGAAACUCACGAGGUAUAUGCUAUGGACGUCGUGGUGAGUAGCGGCGAAGGUGUAGGCAGAGAACAAGAUACGCGUGUGACGAUAUUUAAGAAAACAGAGGAAACAUAUCUGCUGAAAUUGAAAGCAUCACGCAUGUUUUACAGUGAACUCACUCAUAAACACGGCUUGAUGCCAUUUAAUUUACGUACUUUUGAAGAUGAGAAGAAAGCAAAAAUGGCGGUGGUGGAAUGCGUGAGUCAUAGGCUGAUCGAACCAUUCCAUGUACUAUAUGAGAAGCCAAAUGAAUUUGCUGCGCAAUUCAAAUUCACGGUACUACUAAUGCCAAACGGGCCACAUAAGAUAACAGGACUUCCCUUCGACCUCGAUAAUUAUCAGUCCGAUUGCGUUGUCGAAGAUCCAGAAUUGAAGACUCUUUUAUACACAUCUGCAAACCCGAAAUCGGCAAAGAAGAAGAAAAAGAAGGCUGAAAAGUCUGUAGGUGAAGUGGCAAUGGAAGUCGACGCCAAGGCCUAACACAACCAUUUUAGCGUUCAUCAUAACGUUUUGACAUCGUGCACUUUAUGUUACUUUUCGUUUAUUGGCUUCAGAGCAGAAACUGGACACUAUUUGACGUCAUGGACCCUUUGUACCUGUUCCAUCAUAGGAACGCAACACUUAAAAAUUGUGUACCUUCACAUUGUUCUGCCUGUAUAACGCCAGAAAAAUCAUUGUUACUCGUGUAAUACACACAUAUUUUUAUCAUUUGAUGAAAGUGUCGAGAUUUCUGCCCUGUAAGAAUUCGACCUUACAAACACAUUAUGCCGCCACUUAUUGACACUUACGUUUUUAUAGCGAAAUAUCUUUUAAUGGACCAUGGUAUUAUAUACUGAACGACGAUUAUUCAUAAGACAUUUUGCAGCUGACCUGUAUUACAUUUCGAAUAUAUGGAACUUGUUUCGCAGAAUAAUGGUCGAUUUUGUGACUGUAUUGUGCGAGCUAGAUCAACCGAGCCAGAAAGAGGAAUCGCACGUGCAUUCAUAUUGUUUCUUUUUUAGAAGAAACAACAAUAAAGUACGAUUUUUAUUUCGUAAAUAUUCUUGCAUUAUAACGAAAGUAUAUUAGAUUAAACGAUGUCCGUUUGAAAUUUUAAUUAAACUAAUAGAAUUUACUAAUUUCUUCAGAAUCACUACUAAUCACAGUUAUUGAAUGCACUGCCAAUGAUCGUCACGAUUCACUUUGACACCGUUAUUGGUUUUGCAGUAGUUAAUUUUUGGAUCUCGUGUCUAGUAAAUGAGAAUCACCAUUAAAGAAAGAGGAAAGAAAAAAAAAUAACAUCUAAUGUUAAAUUGUACAAUUGGAAUGGAAAUGUUCAUAUUCGAAUUCCGUAUAAACAAUGAAAUACCAAUGGACUCACGGAUUAUUUCGUUGCAAAGCUAUAUCCCAACCGUCAGAAAACAUUUUAAUCUAUUGAAUUCCACACUUACAGCGAAAGUUCUGGAAAUUUAAUAAUUACAGGUACACCUCGUGUUAUUCACGUUCGAGCGAAACAAAAAGUAAAACGAAAAAAUGAUUCGAAGAACAAAAUAUUCUUUGAGGAUGCUCGUCUUGCCGUGAUGAAAGGCGAAAAUUAUAAAAUAUUAUAACAAUGUAAUGAUAGUUUUGUAUGAGGAGGAUAGAUAAUGUAUCUGUUAUAGAUAUUUUUUCUACUCAAGUUGUGCAUAUGUCGAAUGUUACCGAGUGUGCUUGUAAAACAAAAGAUGUCUUAGGCCAUCGUGCACUGUCCUUCAUUUGCCCUGAUUCGAAUACCUUCUUUUCUUUACAUUUCACACAUUAGUUAACGUAGACAUAUUUAUUGAAUACUGGAAAAGUUUUUAAGAUGACACUUGCAAUCACCAGUGAGAGUUAACAAUUAAAUACUUUUAUUGCACGGAGGUCAAUGAUUGAAAUCUCUACGAUGCAAAAGAGGACUGUGCACAAAGUUCAUACUGAACAUAAAACUGAAAAUGGUGAUAUGAAAUUGUUAUUAAAAAAAUUUAAUAACAAGCUGAUAACUAUAGAUUUUGACAAGUGCAUAUUUCUUUUUUUCUCAUUCAAGAUAGUGGCAUAUUAAUGCAUAAUCUGUAAGAUACUGUCUACUUCUGAAGUUACACAACUCUUAGAUUAUAAAUUGCUAUCGAACAUGAUAGAAUUUUAUGGAUUAUGACUUACUAAGUUUUCUAUACUAUAAGAACUCUGAUGAAAGUAAGAACUAAACAUCAGAAAUAUAGAAACGUAUUCGCAGUCGUGUCUUUAUUGUUAAUGUAACAGCUGUGUCGUAUAAAUUAACAUAGUUUUAAUAUUCGCUUCUGUUACAUCUAAGGAUAGGCAAAGAAAAUUAGUGCUACUACAAGAGAACAUAGCAAUACCAAUUUAUUACUGAAAUUUAGAGUGAACUAAUAUUAAAAUGAUGUUACCGUGUGAUACUUAUUUUAUAGAUUCGUUGAAAACGAUACUACAUCGAA